AUGUUUCCAGGCCUACCGCAGUUAGGCUACCCAGAAGUCGAGCCUAUUGUGUUAGAUGAAGUUCACAUAUCCUUAGGUGGAGGACCGGACGGAUACAAAGCGCAAUUUCGCGAUGUUGCUGCAAAAGGUGUUUCGGCGCUGAGAAUAACUGGGUUAAGAACGCGAAUAACUGAUGAUGAAGUUCAAUUACAAUUGGCUUUGCAUAUACCGAAAAUUAGAGCCGCUGCCAAGUACCGGUCAAAUGGAGUUAAAGCCAAAGUAUUUAUAAGAGCAAAACCAUUUUUAGUAGAAGGACAUAAAUAUUUGAGAUUGCAACAAUUAAAAAUGGAUUUUAGUGUUGAAAACAUAAAAAUGGGAGUUGAAAAUGUUCAUGAUGGCAACACAAUAUUACAAGCUGCAUUAAAUCUAUUUAUAAAUAGCAACAGCCAAGAAUUGCUAAAAGAGAUGAAACCUGAUCUAAGACGGAAAUUAGUUCAAGUAAUGACAUCUUUUGUAGAAAAAUUAUUUGCUCAAGUACCUUACGAUGCUUGGAUUAUUGAUUAA